AUGGGGGUGGGAUCCUUGACCUCGGCGGCCUUCUUGCUGCUGUGGGUCAUCGCCGCAACCGUGGUGGCCGCCGUCUUCACGGUGCGCUACGUGGGCAUCGUGGAGGAGGACCAGGCCUGGUACCUGCAAGGCUCCGCUCGUGCCGCUGCCGCGGAGGCCCAGGCGGUGCUGGGUGCCGUUCUGGAGGCGAAGCAGGCGCUGAUCGCUUCCAUCGAGUACGGCCUGGUAAGGACUGAUGUUGGCCACCGCCAGUGA